UUAAUAUUAUAUUUUUAGAAUUGAUUGCGCUAAGACUUAAAGAAAUUGUUAGAAUAAUUUUAAUGAACCUCCUGAACGAUUGAGUGAACUCCGGAACUAAAAUAUUGAGAUUGCGUAACACAGUUCCACCAAGCCUUUCCUCAACAAGCCGGCUGGUGUGCGUUCCCGCUGCGAAGUUGUUUUAACAAAAUCACCAACGGUGAGCCGAGACAGGGCCGUCAUAAGCCCUUCUGAAAAUGCGAAAGCUGAGGAGUGGUAAAGCAAAGUAAAGUAAAGUUCCGUCUUGUAUAACUUUGCCGGUCGAUGAAUAGCGUCACGGUUUUCUUUUGCCAACCGUAAAAGACGACAGAGAGGGUUUGGCGGCUACUUAACCACUUCUAUAAAAAAGGCUCGAUUCAAAAAACAUCAAAUACAGAUGCAGCAGGACUGGAUUCUCUGAUGACGACCUUUGGCUAUCGAACUCGGACAAGAAUAGGAAUAUGGAAUAUUCGAUCACUCUUGAAAUCUUCAUGUCUAUCACAGGUCUGCCGGGCUGAAGGCUUGCAAUUAAGAUCCUGGGAUCUUAACCUGAGAUCUCACCUGAGAUGGAGGAUGGCCAUCUACAAUCGAGAGAUGGGAUGGAUCGAGAGACCUCUUCCUAUUCGAACUCCUACUACUGAUGCAGCGAGGAGCCCAACUGAAGCAGCAGAGUCAGUUGAAGGACGAAGGACCAACUCGAGACCACACUCACCGCCUGGCACAAAUCUAACAAUCUGACAUCGAAAUAAUCGUCGGUGAUUUUAACGCAAAAAUUGGAAACUACAAUGACGGCUUGAGGCAUGUCAUGGGCAAGUACUCCCGAAUAUGACGAUAGAUAACGGAAAUCGAUUAAUCAAUAUCUGCUCUAGCCAGCAGUUAUGCAUCGGCAGCACGAAGUUUCCUUACAAAAACAUAUACAAAUAUACAUGACAGUCACUGGACGAACUAGAAACCAAAUCGACCUAUCCUGAUAAGUAGGAAGGUUCUCAAUUUGUUACUUGAUACUAAACUAAACGCAGCGCGAUCAUAGGCAGUAAUUAUCAGCUGUUAAUGGGAACUAUCAGAUUGCGAUUAGCCGCUUUUCGGAUAGGAAAAAAUUUGUCAAACGAUUCAAUGUUAACAGGCUGAGAGAUCCUGCCGUGAUAGAGGCCUUCGACCAGCGCCUCGAAAGGGAACAGGAACUCGAGAGUCAGCUCUGGACUAGAAGCAUAUUGAGUUCGUGUUGUAGAGUGGCCGAGGAAACACUGGGAUUCAUGAGACGUAAUAGCAAACUAUGGAUCAGGAGGUUAUGUGGUUUAAAAUCGAGCGUAGAUGAGCAAAAGUUCGACUGGAUCAACAUCCAGAAGAUCUGGAUUGGGAAGCGAGAAUAGUAUAACAACCUUGAGUGAUCUGUUUAACCGAUUAUGAAGACAAACACAGGUUUUACAACGACAUCACAAGUAAAGUUGAAAGAGCCGCGAAUCAAGGAGAUAUACAUAGGCACGUAGGCAUAUACAUGGCAAUCUGUAAACUGUCGGGGAAGAGCAUCCCCUCCUGUCCUCCACUCAAAUCCGAAAACGGUCGCACAUUAACAACAGACGGAACAGUCGAUGGAAUGAGUUUUUCUCCUCCCAGGCAUCUCGCCGCGAAGAAUCGAGUCCGUUGCAGCUACCACAAUGCCCGCCGUGACAUUCUUAUAAAAGUUCCCUGAGAGAGAUGGAAUCCGCCAUCAAGAAGUUGAAAUCCCAAAACAAAGUCCCAGGUGGUCGCCGAACUACUUAAAUGCAAUCCGCGAUGCAUGGCGAGAGUUCUUCCCUAAUCCGUGAUGCCUGAAACAUGAGGUGUGUCCCAGACCGUUGAAAGAAUGGGGUAAUUAUCACAAUCCCUAAAAAGGAUGACUUAAGUCUAUGCAGGAACUAGUGGGGCUAUUGAACUUACGCUAUUAAACUCGAUUGAAAAGCUGCUCGUGACCAUCAUCCAUCCGUCUGAUUCCCAUGAUGGACGAACUGCUCUGGCCAAACCAGGUCGGUUUUCGCAAGGAACGUUCAUGCACAGAUCAGAUCAACAUCUUAAGGAUAAUCAUAGAGCAGUCAAUGGAAUGGCGGUCACCUUCUAUCUCCUCUUUGAUUUUGAUGAUGGCUUUUGACACGCUGGAUCGAGAGGCUAUUUGGAGGACACUGGAAAAUCUGAGAGUCCCGGAGUCGUUAUCAUCGAGUCGAUUCGUGGUGUAUCGAGGUGUACUCAUCCACUACAUGCAGGGUUCAACACCAUGGUGCAGGAGGCGAGCUAUUCAUCAUCUCGACGGGAGUCAGGCAAGGAUACAUUCUAUCGUCCUUCUUGUUCCUAGUCGCGCUUGAUAAUACUGGAACGCAUCAACGUCGAGGCCCCUAAUGGCAUUUAAUUCACGCUGAACAUCCGGCUGUACGAUCUAGGCUACGGAUAACUAGUGUUGAUGUCCAACAGCUAUGGCCGCAUCAAAGAAAAAUUGGAUCGGUUGCAGCACAAUGCUGAGAAGGACUGGGAAUCAAGAAGACAAAACCAAGAAGACAAAAGUAAUGCGAAUAGGCACAAGUAACCAGCUAUUGCUUCUUAGCAGCGACGUAAUUGACAACGUCGAUGAUUUCUGUUAUUUCGGCGCCAUUGUGAACAAAAUAGGAGGCAGACAUUGAGAACCGUAUCAAUCGUGCUCGGGAUGCUUAUUUCGCCUUAGGCAAGAUGUGGAAGUCAAACUUUAUGUCCAGAAACUUAUGUCUCAAGUUCCGCGUCUUCGAUGUUUGCGUUAUUAGCAUUCUUCUCUAUAGAUGCGAAACAUGGGAAAAGCACCAAAAUCUCAGACGCCUCGAAACAUUUAUCAACAGAUGUCUGCGUCACAUAUUCCGUGUUUUUUGGCCUAAUUGCAUCUCUAAUAUCGAACUGUUACGGCUAGCCAAUAAUUGAUGCCCGCUUGCCAAGGAAGAUUACGCCAAAAAUGGCGAUAGAUUGGACAUACAUUCCGACGCCCCACCGGAGACAUCGCCAAAACUACACUUGACUGAAAGGCAAUCCUCAAGGCAAUCGACGUUCCGGCCGACCGAGCAAUACAUGGCGCCGUAAUCGAUCAAGAAGUCGCAAGCAAAAGCAAAACAUAGCGACAGUUGGAGAUGAUGGCGGGGAACCGAGAGGCUUGGAAGAUCUGGAUUGACGCGCAAUGCGCCUAAGGGGCGCGAUUGCUACUGCUUAAUGAACCGGAGGUUAUAAUUUUUAUGUAACAUUUGUUUUUCUGAAUUAAACCAUGUAACAAGUA